CGCAAAUCGCCAACAACCACAACGGCUGCGGACGUUGUGUGUGUGGAAGACAGCGUGACGUGGGUCGUUGCAGUUGUCACUGCCCUUCACCCACAACAGCUUGCAGCCAAACACACACGCACACGCACGCACAGCUUCCUCACACACGGCAUUCCACACCAGUCCUUUCGUGUGUCUGUUUGCGUGUUUGACUGGCUGUGCGUCUGAAGGCAAGCCACCCAGCCAGCCCAGCCACCAAGGCACGAACCCACCACAAAAAACCAUCAAGCAUGGAUCCACUGCGGAGUGGAGCUAUCUUUCGCGUGCGUGACCCAACGGCCCUCAAGUCUCCCAUGCCGCUGCAUGCACGCAGGACUGGGGCAUCCACAACAGCAGCACCCGCAGCGGCCACCACACCGCCUCGGCCUGUGGCGUCCUCGGCGGCCUCGUCAACUUCAACCCCAGCAGCAGUGGGGUCGGCACGGCGCGCCGCGCAUGCACCGCCACCACCGCCAGCUUAUCGUCCGUCCCCUGCAGCGCCUGGUUCAAACCCGGCAAGGGUUGCGCCCCAUCUACCGCCUACGAAGGGUUACGUUGCGCCACUGUCCACGCCAGCAUGGGCGCCAGCGCCGCGCGCAGCCCCAAACUCGGCCCACACCAGCCACCAGCACCGUCCAAGCACUCACGUGCACUCACCUGGUCCACAAUCUACACCGGGGAUGGCACGGCCUGUCGCCCGGCGAUCUGCGCCCAUGUUUGAUUUCAAGAGCGCUCGUGCCUCGUUCGAAAGCUUGCUCAAGGCUUCCCCACUGCCAAAGGCGCUGUCGUCCUCAGCAGCAGCAGCAACAGCAGCAAUUACGACCCCGUCAACUUCAACAGCAUCCACAGCAGCCACGAAGACACCGCACCACACUCCGCGAACACCAAUGGCAACAACACCUGCCGUCAUAUCACCGCCGCCGCCGCCGGAUUUCGACUCACCCGCGUCAAUGGCGACAUCGAGACCUGCGACACGACGCAUGUCAGGCACCCGCUCACACCACCGACAACAACAACAACAACAAAAACAAAAACAACAACAGCAGCAGCAUCAUCAGCAACAGGAGGAGAAAGUUGUGGACAGGAGGCAUGGUGGUGCGGAAAUGAUGGGAGUUGAAGCGGCAGACAUGGACACUGGGUACGAUGAUCAAUAUCACGAUGCCGAGGACAGCGGCAAACGCGAUGAGGCAAUGCAUCAAACCGGCACGCACUGGGCGCAUCACGUGGCGGGCAACCGUGUUGACGUGCGUGUGUUGCAGCGCGAAGAUGAUGAUGACGAGGAGGAUGGUGAUGAUGGUGAUGUGAGCCUGUCUGAAUCUGAGGAAGAGUUCAAUCCAGACGAUGAAGACGAAGACGUGGACGAGGAGGAGCUGCAGACGCAAUACCAGAAGAGCGCUGCCCGUCGUGUUGGCACCACUGGUCAGCAUGCAGCCAGGACAAGUCGUGCUGAUGACGAUGGUGGUGGUGAGGUUGAUGAAGACGAGGAAGAAGAGGAGGACGAAGAAGAAGAAGAAGAAGAAGAAGAAGAAGAAGAAGAAGAAGAAGAAGAAGAAGAAGAAGAAGAAGAAGAAGAUGAUGAUGAUGAUGAUGAUGAUGAUGAUGAAGAAGAAGAAGAGCCACCAGCGAUGCCACCGCGGCGGUCGUAUCAAAUCCCGCGGCAGACAGCGCGCAAGUCAGUUCGGCACAUGCAGAUGUCGCCCGCACCAACAAGUGGCGGUGAUGCCGAUGAUGAUGGGGAUGAAAUUGAUGAUGAUGAUGGCGACGGCAGCUCGUCACCGCGCACCCGCACACGUCGACGCUCCCAUUCAAAGAAGACACCGGCCACGACCACAUCGAGGAGCAAGGCGUCGUCGGGCAAGCCCCCACUCCGCACCGCUGCAUCCACGCUCAAACCACCCACGGUGCUGAAGAGCUGGUGGGUGAAGUUCUGCGACGACGGGCUGCAGGUUGAGGGGUACAAGAUGGCGAAUGACACGGCCAUAGUGUGGCAUUCGUCAAAGAUUGUGGAUCGAAUUGAUGCCACGACCGUUGUCACCAAGAGCGGGUCACAGUACAUCCUCGAACCCCCGUUUGUGAUUGACAAGGCGCGCUCGUUUGGGUUCAACUACAAUGUGGCCCGGAGUUUUGCGCGCGCCAACGGCAACAAAGGCGGCUUCCCCUCCACGUGGCAGGAUACGUUCAGGAAGUAUCACGGCAAGGGGCGUGGCGCAGCGCAAAACACGAAGACCGCAGCAACAUCAACAACAUCAGCAGCGACGAAUAAGGUCCCCAAGAAGGAUAAGGAGCAGAGCAGUGCCAACAAGCAAAGGCGGGCAUCGUCGAAAGCUGGAAGCAAAAGCAACAACACUGGCACCAGCACCCCCAAGGCCAGCAGCACCAGCAAGGCAUCGACAGGGAAGAAAAAACAGACACAGCGACGAACGAGUAGAGCCAGCACUGGAGGAGGUGGCGGCAGUGGUUUGCGUGCGUCUCCUGCAGCGUC